UUCAGUACCGAAGUCGCCAACAUAAACAUAAGACGUGAGUGGGACCUCGCUGCGCGUGUUUUUUCUUACGGUGAAGUUUUUGGCUCAUUUUUCUACUACCAGCAAGAGUUGAACUGACCUGAACCCCGCCGACUGUGAGAGUGGAAAAACGCGCGCGCAAGAGAUUUUUGCCGGUCGCGCUCCUAGAUGUAGGCAAGCGAAGUGCAGUGCAUGCGAUUGUUGUGAUUUCGAGUGUGCGGUGGAUCGCCGAUGGUGAUUUCAACGAUCGAAUUGUGUGGGUGAUCGGGCGACGAACCGCAUCCAAAAUUGAUUGGCCCUGAAGUUUGGGAAGACCUUAGGAGGCGAUUCGUGUGUGAACAUAGUGGCGGUCUUGGCGACGAUGCAUGACAUAAUACGUUUUGUAUGAAGGAACAUCCGGUCAUUUUUCUGUUGCCCAUCAUUUUUUUUCGGUAACCACCGAAGAUCCCACUUGUUAAGUGACUACGACAGUCAACUGAAGAAGGUUACAUGUGAACCACGAAAAACGGAAAAUUAACAUAACGCAUGUGAAUGAGUAAUAAAACGCAUAAGCGCGUGACAGUGUAGAACGUCGCAAACAGAAGUUAGACAGAAGGUAAAAUAAUAGUUAGGGUGAACAAGACAAGUGCACCGGUCGACGGGAACAAGUGAAAAGCGUUUUAUUUUCGGAGGGUUCCGCUGUGCAGUGAAUCGAUUAUAUCUCGACCCUCAGAUCUGUGCUAAAGAAGACGGAUCAUUCUGACCCUGCUCAAAAGAAAAAGUGAAUCUACGAGAGUCUUCUAAAAAGAAAAGCAGGUGUUGAAUGUAUAGAAUAUAGGCGAACCCCAGAACAAAACAACGACGAGGGUCAGAUGUGAACCAUUUUUUGUUCUGUUAGUUUUAUGCACCGUCGAAGGAACCUGCAGAUGUUUGAAGAAACGACAGUUGUCAACGUCAUGACGAAAACGACGACGAUGAAGCCAGUCAACCAGCAGCCUACUCGGAUCAGCCGGACGUAGGGAUUAGAGCAACCACCACAAAUUAGGUCCUGCUGAACUCAAUUAACGCCUUGGGGCUUCCCGCCCCUCUUCCCGUCAGCGCUUACUGUAAUUGAAUCGAAUCAACAUAAAAUCCCACAAAAAUGCACAACGUAGAUAACAUUGGUGCUUUCUUCCAGACCUGCAAGGUCCUCUGGCAUUUGGAUGCCUUCCGACGAUCGUUCCGCCAGCUCCAGAAUCACGUCUGCGGUGGGCAGGACUGCAUUUUCUGUGCCCUUAAGGAACUUUUCUCCCAGCUGCAGACGAGUUCGGAGCCGGCCCUCUGUCCGGAACCGUUGCGGCGGGCACUAGCCAGUGGUCCACUGGCCGGACGACGCUUCCCACUGGGCUGCCUCGGUGACGCGGCCGAAUGUUUCGAGCUGCUGCUGCACCGCGUUCACCAGCAUCUGUCCGCCAGCGAGGGGGACAGCUGCGAGGCACCGCAGUGCGUGGCACACCAGCGCUUCGCCAUGCGCGUGGUGGAGCAGAGUGUGUGCGAGUGCGGUGCCAACUCGGAGCAGUUGCCGUUCACGCAGAUGGUCCAUUACGUGUCUGCGUCGGCACUCACCUCCCAGAGUAGCCUGUCGGCGGCCAACCAACAGCCAAUCACCUUUGGCCAACUGCUGCGAAAUGCCGGCAACAUGGGCGACAUUCGGGACUGUCCGAAUGCCUGUGGAGCCAAGAUCGGAAUCCGCCGUGCCCUGCUCAACCGUCCAGAUGUCGUUUCGAUCGGUGUGGUUUGGGACUCGGAACGUCCGGCCGCCGAUCAAGUGCACUCCGUGCUGAAAGCCGUAGGAACAUCACUACGCUUGUGCGACGUAUUCCACCAGGUGUCGGAUCAACGAUGGGCUCAAACCGUAAACCACGAGCUAGUCGGCGUGGUUUCAUACUAUGGCAAACACUACACGACGUUCUUCUUCCACACUAAACUGCGUGUCUGGGUCUAUUUUGAUGAUGCCAACGUCAAAGAAGUUGGCCCCAACUGGGAAGGCGUGGUUGACAAGUGCACCCGAGGACGCUACCAACCGCUGCUCCUGCUAUAUGCACUUCCGCAGCCGCAACCGCAACCACAGCAAGUUACCGCUCAGGAACUUGCCGCAAUGCAACAAGCCCAACACCGGAGAGCAGUCACACCGAGUCCCGAGAAGGCUUCCAUCGGUUCGCAGAACCGAAGAGCCAUCACACCUACGCCCAACCGUGCGGUCUCCGUAUGUGACUACCAAAACUUGAGUGUCAUUCAAAGCAAAAUCUUCCCCAACGAAGAGAAAGAAAAUUACAUCAGUCGCAAAGCCGUCCAAAACGUGCUGAACGCACAACAGUACCAGAAUCUCUCCGUUAUUCAGGACAAGAUCUUCCAACAGCAACAAGAAGCUGAAAAGUCCGAUCAAGGUGGAUACAUCUCCAAAAAUGCCUUGAACGCUCAAAUGCGCAAACAGCCUAUGAACCUGCAUCGGAGUCUCAGUGCGGAGUCCGGCCAGGUCUCACCGCCGUCAUCCUCCACGUCCUCUCCGGACGGCCUUUCCAUUCCAGAUCACCUAAACCAGCCACGUCGCCGGGAUUCUGGUAACUGGAGCGGCGAUCGCAACUCAGCCUCCUCUUCCUCGUCCACCACUCUUGACAACCCCUACCUAUAUCUAGUCGGCAAACGGAACGGAAGUGUUCCCGCUAGCCCUACACGACAGGGUCAGUUCUACGACGCCGGUUACGACUCCUACUCCCUCUCCUCGACCGAUUCGUUCCCACCAAAACAUCCAAUCAACGGCAACAACAUGCACCUGGCCAAGAUCCCCGAAUCCGUCGUUCUUAGCGGAGAUUGCGAGAAGCUGUGCAUGGAAGCCGAUCAGCUACUGGAGAAGUCCCGCAUUCUUGAGGAUGCACACGAUCUGGAAACAGCACUGGUGCUGUGUAAUGCAGCGGCUAGCAAAGCACGCGCCGCCAUGGACGCACCGUACAGCAAUCCGCACACGAUGACGUUCGCGCGGAUGAAACACAACACAUGCGUCAUGCGCGCCCGAUCCCUACAUCGAAGAAUUCUCAUCGAAAAAGGUGGCGAAAUCAUCAAAGAGCAACAGCAACAACAACAGCAGCUGGCCUACAACCUAGCCGGCAUCGGCAGUGGGGGCAUCGCUCACAGGAGGCAAAACAGCAAGGAGAAAUUGUUGAGCAGUGGACGGCAAAACAGCAAGGAGAUGCUACAUGAGUCAGGAAGCUCAACUCUGACACGAAGCUCACCGUCAAAGAGCAUUGAAAUCUACGCAACUCUUCCGAAAAAGAAGGUAACCCUCAAACUGGUUGAGGCAGAGAACAUCGAGGAAGUUGUCCAGGGAACGGUCGAUGUAAAACCCGAACGGGAAAGCCGAUCAUUAUUCGGACGGAGCAAGGACUCUAAGGAUAAGCGUAGCCGAAGCGAAGACCGAAACAAAAUCAAUCGAGACUUCCAACUAGCGGACGCAUCGCUUGUCAAUGCAAAGGAUACCCUCAAGAAGCACAAGGAAGAGAAGGAGACCGAUAAGAAGGAUAAGGAUGCCAAGGCAGGAAAGAAACAACAUAAGAUCCGGCGGAAGCUGUUGAUGGGUGGUUUGAUCAGGCGGAAGAAUCGUUCGAUGCCCGAUUUGACCGAAGGAGCGGGUGCGGCUGAUGAACCAGCUGGUGGCAUCAUCCCUCCAAUCAAGCAAAUGGUGUCGAUCGAUGACAGCACCGUUGGGCUAAGCCUCGCGAAGGAUUCAGCCAACAGCGGGUAUCUGUCCGAAGGGCACUUUGACUAUCAGGUGUCUAAUACGAACCCGAAUCUGGAGCGGAGUAAACUUAUGCGUAAGAGUUUCCAUGGAAGUGGAAAAACGCUUUCAAUCCCAAAAGUGCCACCGCCACCACCCGUGAGGGUGGGUUCAUCGUUAACUGCCCAACAACUCCAGCAACAACAACAACAGCAGCAGCAUCAACAGCAACAACAGCCACAACAGAUGCUGCAAGUUCAAAAGCUUCCUCUGAACGGUGCCAAUCUUCGUCAUCUGGAGUUCCAGGAAAGCCAUCCACCGGCAUCUCCUCUGGAACCUUAUCACAAGGCGAAUUUGUCCAACAUUUCUACCAUGAGCUCAAACACCAGCAUGAGCGAAGACUCCUGCCAAACAAUCAUUACGACCUGUGCCGUGGUCCACCAGGAACAGUCCCCAAUGAAGCCGCAAGAUCAACAGCCCUACUCAUCAUCAGCUUCCGUCGAUGAAGUUGACACGAUAGUCAAAUACAAUAGCACAAAUAGCAAUAGCAACGGCCACCCCCAAAUGGAGCUUCCGCCCUAUCCAAGCCCUCCAUCGACCACGUGCCAUUCGCGUCAGGCCAGCGAGGACUUUCCCCCGCCUCCACCGGCGAUCGAUUUUGAACCGCUUAACGAGCAGCUAAGCGAAAUUCAAAGUCUCCAGCAACAGGGAAAGGGUGCGCAGCCAAACCACCAACAACAGUACCACGUUCAGAACACGACCAGCAUUUUGGCGCAACUUCAAGCAAAACAGCACCAACUAAUGAUGAUGAAUAAGUUGCGUGAACAGCAACAAAACCAGCAGAACAUCAAUGCCAACAAUCCCAUCAGUGCUUCCGAGAUCUUAAACGAAACCACCCGAUCGGAAAUCUGGCUCAAAGAGCUACAAGCGAAGCAAAUCGCCCUCAAGCAGCAACAACAGCAGCAGAAUCAACCCCAAGUUCAGCAGCAACCGCAGCAAAAUGGAAUGCAGCAAGCAAGUAACGACCAACGAAGCGUACGAGAUUUGGCGUCCCGGUUCGAACAGAUUAAAAUGGCACCUCAGCCAACGCAACAGCAACAACCGACACAGUCACCGCCGCCGAGCGCAGUUUCGUCGUCUAUUAGACCGUAUCCGAGUCAGGAGCUGCUAAAUGGAGUCAAUAAACAGACAUUACCGCAGUCAGCACAACAAUUACCGCCCAAUGUUCGGACUGGCAUGAGCGGUCUCCUGACGGAUCAGAAGACGAAACAACCCCUAACGGGCACGGCGAGUUUGGAUACCGCCAGCAAUUCCAGCGCUGGAGUGGAUGAAGUAGACUGUAUAGCGGCAUACAAGAUGCUGCCCAAGCCUAGGUACGAUAUUGCACAAGCUCAAAUCCAGGAGGAAAUCCGGGAAGUCGAGAUGUUGAACCAAGUGGUACAACAAACGCUGAACAAUUCUGGAAAUGUCAACACAACUGCAAGUGCUCUUAACAAAAGAACUAAAAAGAAGAGUGUGUCUUUCUGUGAUCAAGUUAUACUUGUUGCUACUGCCGACGACGGCGAAGAGGAUGAUUUCAUCCCAAAUCCAAUACUUGAGCGUGUUUUGAGGACGGCUGGAAACGGAAAUGGUAAUUCCGAAGAAAGGCAAGGACAGAACUCUCCCCAACCAGUACUGUCUACUAGCAUUACCUACCAUCCUAUCAAGACGCCAUCAAGCGGGCAGUAUUCUUUGGCUGCGGAUAUGCAUAAGCAAAAUAUGGAGAUUCAACGGCAGCUACAGCAACAACAACAGCAGUACUAUCAAGCGCAGCCUCAACAGCAGCCUAACGAAAGUUAUCAACAAUACUCAGCCAUUCCUACCAACGCAGCCGUUUUCAAGAAUCAGCAAUUCCAGCAACAAUCACAAACAAUGUACAACGAAAACGCAAUCCCGAAAUCGUCGAUCUAUCAACCUCCUCCAAUGUCACAGCAACAGUUUCUGCAACAACAACAACAACAGCAGCAACAAAAGACUCGGCUGUUCGACGACAGCGGUAGCGAACACAGCUAUGAAAUGCGGAUGGCCCCGCCUUCAUCCGCUCCAACUGGUUACGGAAACUCUCCGUACAUGUCCGUACCGUGCCCUAUAGAUCAAGGAUUCCAAACCGUGUCUGCCUCGCCCACUAUGACUACCAACUCAACAGUCAUGAACGGUUCUUCAAAUCCCGGACUCCCAAUUGGAGUGCGGCAAAACCUAACCUCAAUGAUGCACCAGCAAAACGGAUCCAUCCUGAGACAGCAGCAGCAAUCCCCCUUGAUGAUGUCGCAACAACAACCGCAGCAACCUUCAAAUGUCUAUCAAAAACCUCCCUUGCCUGUCAACUACCAACAGCAGCAACAACAACAGCAGACUAUGAUGUCUUACAACACUAAUUCUAACUCUUAUAAUGCUUACAGCACGCAGCCGCAACUGCAACAAUCGUCCCAACAGCUUCCAUCUCCAUACCAAAGGGUUCCACUACCCCACUACCAAGACUCCCCCUACCAUGAUCUCCCCCUGCCUCAACAACAACAAUCUCAACCCCCUCCCCACCAGCAGCUCUACCUUCAACCCCCACAGCAGCAGCAACAGAAGCCUCCUCAAAAGAAAGUAAGCUUUGAACCGGGCACCAAAGGUGGCACCGACUGCCCACCGUCUCCCCAACCUAUCCCCUCAAUGCCUCAGACUCUCCCUACGGAUCCCCAGCAGCAACAGCAGCAGCAAGUCGGACUUCCCGUCACCCGGGUAGCCAUUGCCACCUACAAUAGCAACGCCAUUGUGAAGGCUUCCGCCAAGGCUGUCCAGUGCAAUCUCUGCCGGAAGAAGCACUGCAUACUUCCCGCUCUGUAUUGCACCGAUUGCGAGUUCUACAUGAGCCGCUUCCAGGGUCCGAUGCGGCGGUGAUCGAUCGCGUCGACAUCGCUGGUCGUGGCAGGAUAGAUGAGUGCACGCAUCGGCGAUUCAACAUCGUCAGUUGUUAUGUUUUCAGACGUUUGGACCACAUUUUUAAUUAAAUGUUGCCACACAUUGUUCAAAAAUGAUUUAGAGCC